CGGUCUUUACCUCUUACUGUAUUUUUUCUAUUGUAAUUUCGUCGAAAAUAACACAUGUCCUAUUUAUUUUUACUUGUCAUUCGGAAAGUUGUUUACGCAAUCUUCUAAAACAAUAUUCUUGUUAGACUAAUCGAAUAAGGAUCUUGGGUACUUAUUCAGGAUGGAUUUCCUCGAGUAUCCGGACAUCUUCGCCGAGGUUAAGGGCGCGAUGACUCCAGGCAGGUUGAAGUUGACUGAUCAGCACUUGAUCUUCAAGAAUCAGAAAACUGGAAAAGUCGAACAGAUCUCAGCUUCUGAUAUGGAGAUGGUAAACUACCAAAAAUUUAUUGGAACCUGGGGUCUCCGUAUCUUUCUAAAAAAUGGUACUUUGCAUCGCUUCAAAGGCUUCAAAGAAUCUGAACAAGAAAAGAUUGCCAAGUUCUUUUCUGCUAAUUACAAGAAAGAUAUGUUGGAAAAGGAGCUGAGUUUGAAAGGCUGGAACUGGGGUACUGCAAGGUUUAAUGGAUCUGUCUUGAGUUUUGAUGUUGGUCAUCAUACUGCUUUCGAGAUACCUCUGUAUGAUGUGUCACAAUGUAACACUGGAAAGAAUGAAGUAACAUUGGAAUUUCAUCAAAAUGAUGACGCUCCAGUCAGCCUGAUGGAAAUGAGAUUUCACAUUCCUGUUAGUGACAGUGUUGAUCAAGAUCCUGUCGAGGCAUUCCAUCAACAGGUGAUGGAUAAGGCAUCAGUGAUCAGUGUAAGCGGCGACGCGAUUGCCAUAUUCAGAGAGAUUCACUGUUUAACACCACGUGGUCGUUAUGACAUUAAGAUCUUCCAGACCUUCUUUCAAUUGCACGGCAAAACCUUUGACUACAAAAUACCUAUGUCCACUGUAUUGAGACUCUUUUUACUUCCGCACAAGGAUAAUCGUCAAAUGUUCUUUGUCGUGAGCUUGGAUCCUCCUAUAAAACAAGGUCAAACGCGAUAUCAUUAUCUGGUACUCCUGUUCAAUCAAGAAGAAGAGACUUCUAUCGAGUUACCAUUUACCGAAAAGGAAUUAAAGGAAAAGUACGAAGAUAAACUGACUAAAGAGUUAUCGGGACCUACAUUUGAAGUGCUGGGCAAGGUAAUGAAGGUAAUUAUCAAUCGUAAGUUAACUGGCCCAGGACGUUUCACUGGUCAUACCGGGACACCUGCUAUUAGCUGUUCUUUCAAAGCUGCGGCAGGAUAUCUAUAUCCACUCGAGCGAGGUUUUAUUUAUGUACACAAACCUCCAAUACAUAUUCGUUUCGAAGAGAUAGCUUCAUUAAACUUUGCGCGCGGCGGCGGAUCGACUAGGUCAUUUGAUUUUGAAAUCGAACUUACGAGCGGUGUGGUACACACAUUCAGUAGUAUUGAAAAAGAGGAAUAUGGUAAAUUAUUCGACUUCAUUACGGCCAAGAAAUUGCGAGUUAAGAACCGCGGUAAAAGUGACAAGCCCAAUUACGACCAAGACUUUGGUGAUAGCGAUCAAGAGGACGAACCGGACGCUUAUCUGGCACGAGUCAAGGCAGAGGCGCAGGAACGCGAUGGCGAGGAGAAUCAAGAUUCUGAGGAGGAAGGCUCAACCGAUGAGGACUUCAAUCCUAAUCAAGUCGAGAGCGAUGUUGCAGAGGAAUAUGACAGUAAUCCUAAUAGCUCUGAUAGCGAGAAUUCAGAUGCCUCUGCGGCUAGUCACAAAAAGGAGAAGAAAGAUAAAGAGAAGAAAGAAAAGAAAGAAAAGAAAUCGAAGUCAGCAAAAACUAUAUCGGAGAAGCCGCGAAAGCAGAGGAAAUCGAAGAAGGAGAGGGACGAGAAUAAGCCAAAGAGACCUCCAUCAGCGUUCAUGUUGUGGCUGAAUAGUGCACGCGAUAGUAUCAAGGCGGACAAUCCAGGACUGUCUAUAACGGAUAUCGCGAAAAAGGGAGGUGAGAUGUGGCGAGAGCUCAAAGACAAGUCUGAAUGGGAAGCGAAGGCAGCCAAGGCUAAAAAAGAUUAUACGGCGUCGAUGAAAGAAUAUCAAACGAGCGGAGGCGGUAAAGAAAAAACUAAAGAAAAGAAGAUAGAGAACAAGAAGGAAACGAAAAAAGACUCGCCCAGCAAGCAAAUGUCUGGUUCCGGUUUCAAGAGCAAAGAGUAUAUUAGUGAUGACGAUAGUAGCAGCGAUGAGAGUAAGAAAUCUGCAAAGGAAAAAUCCGAUAAUGAAAGUGAGGUGGAGAAGAAUAAGAAGAAAAAAACUGAAAAGAGGCCAACGGAAGAUACUGGAAAAAAAGCACCCAAAAAGAUGAAACGAGAUCAAUCUGAUGAAAGCGAUGAGGAGGAACCUGCACUGAGUACUCCAUCUUCAUCUGAAGAUGAAUCUAAAAGUGAUUAAUAAAUGCUACAGAAUUCAAACACAUUUUUGUCGUUAUUUUUUACAUGUAUCGCUUCUCGAAAUGAAUGUGUACAUCUUCUUUAAAAUUAUUAUAUUUACAAUUAC